AUGCGCCAGUCCACUUCACCCUCGAGAAUCGGCCUAACAAAGUCCCGUAACGGUUGUGCUACUUGCAAAUCUCGAAAAGUAAAAUGUGUCGAGAUACGACCGCGUUGCCAGCGGUGUACGAGCACCGGACGAAAAUGUGAAUACCCAGUGUCUUCCGUGUCGGGAUAUGGUGCGCCAACACUACCGUAUCCUUUCUCGGGAUUAUCGGGAUCGAGGGUGAAUCCUUCAGCUCAGAGGGAGCGACGCGCAUUUGAGUACUACUUUUAUCGCGGGGCAUUGUCUAUUGCGGGUGCUCUUGAUCUCAAAUUUUGGAAAGAUACCGUGCUGCAAUUAUCUCGUUCGGAACCGGCGGUAUGGGAUGCGGUUAUUGCCAUCAGCGCUCUUUACGAGACACCAUCUCCUUCACUUGACCUUUCUCCAAAGGGUAGCGAGAAAAAUGAAGCGCUGAAUUGGUACUCGCGCUCGAUGAUGAACGUCCGGAAACUGAUCGAGCAGAACAGAGCCGACCAAGAGAUCGCAAUCGUCACUUGCGUUCUGUAUAUCUGCAUCGAAACCAUGCAGGGACAUAUGAGCGAAGCAUUGCAGUUAUAUGAACAAGGUGUAUCUCUGAUUUACGAACUACGCACGGCUUCCGCCACAAGAGCAUCGUUUUUGGAAGAUACUAUCAUCCCGCUAUUCUUUCGAAUGGGAACUGCGGCGCUGUCGACGGCAGGUGUGCCUGUUGUUAGGGAUUUAUUUGCUCUUGCGGAUUAUCGGGGAGAUACUGGCUUCUUUACGGUGGAGGCUGCACGGGCUGCCCUUGCACCUCUUACGAGAGAGUCGUUACUUUUUCGAUGGGAAGCCGGGGCUCAUAUUCUAGAGGUUGGAUCUGUAGUUAAUGUAUCUGUGGAGGUUUUUGCUCGUCGACAAAGUCUCUUAUUACGGCUCGAAGAUUGGUAUCGUUCGUUCACCGGGCUGACAAACAAUCAGUUAGAUCACAUAUACCAAAGUGCAAUCUCAACGCUACGGACCUUCCACGCAGCCAUAUACAUAAUCCUAUCUACAUGUCUCGCACAGCGCGAAGCUGCCUUCGACAACUAUCUGUCCCAUUUCCGAACCAUCGUCAACCAUGCAUCACAGGCACUCGCCAGCACUACAGAUGUCCAGACACUAUUCACAUUCGAAUCAGGUGUAGGACAACCACUCUUCCUCACGGCUAUCAGCUGUCGUGAUCCGGUCUUACGACGGGAAGCAUUAUCGCUACUUCGACGCGUUCCACAGGAGGGGUUUUUUGAGUGUAAACCUCGGGUUGCGAGUGCGGAGGAGUAUAUUCGGAUGGAGGAGGGGAGGGUAGAGGGGUUGAUGGUGCGGGUGUCGGAUUUGGUGGAGAUUACGGGUUCGAUGACAUUCGACUACUCAUCGAACGAGAUCAAGGAGAUAUCACUGGAGAGACUGGCUAAUCUUCCAUUUGUGGAGGAUUUGGUUACCAUCGAAGAUGAUCUCGGAAAUGACAAACUCUUCUCUGGCGAUGAACAGUUUGCUGUCUCUGAAGGACAUCGGAUCCGCAAAAAUGUUGUUGUUCAGCUGAACAGCCAUAGCAUACCUCAGACUCGACCUUUUCUGCAUUUCACGAGAAACCGACCAAACGCUAACGGGAUGUGGGAAGAAAGAGAGUAUUUCCUUCCAUUGAAUCUGAUCAACACCAUCAGCAUGGCAUGA